AUGGCCGCAAAGAUCGAGUAUACGCCGGUGUCUGAGAUCUCUGGGAUCGUCCAAACCGUCAAAGAUGGCUUCAUGACGUUCAAGACGAGGCCUCUCGAGUAUCGCAUCAAUCAGAUCAAGCAGCUCGGCUUGAUGGUUCAGGACAAUGAGGCGGCCUUCCAAGCGGCUCUGUACGCCGAUCUUGGCCGACCCGCACUCGAAUCUUUCUCCUGUGAGAUCUUUGUGAUCAAGAAUGACAUUGCGGAGAUGAUACACAAGCUGCCGAAAUGGGCAAAGCCAGUCAAGGCUGACACGGAUCUUAUCUGGUCUGCUGCAGGGCCAAAGGUCUACAGAGAGCCCAAAGGCACCGUGCUCAUUCUCGGGACAUGGAACUAUCCUAUCACGCUCUUGCUUGCUCCACUGCUCGGCGCGAUCGCAGGCGGCAACACGGCCAUCAUCAAGCCGGCUGAGCAAGCCAUCAAUAUGGCCAAUCUCGUCACCAAGCUCAUUCCUCGCUAUCUCGACCAAGCAGCAUAUCGAGUCGUCAACGGCGCCGUCGAAGAGACGACAGAGCUGCUCAAGAUCAAGUUCGAUCACAUCUUCUAUACGGGUAGUGGAACGGUGGGCAAGAUCAUCGCAGUAGCGGCAGCAAAGCAGCUCACACCUGUCACGCUCGAAUUGGGUGGCAAAUCGCCCACGAUUGUCUUCGAGGAUGCCAAUCUCAAGAUCGCUGCACGACGCAUUAUGUGGGGCAAAGUCGUCAAUGCCGCUCAGACCUGCAUCGCGCCUGACUAUAUUAUGGUUCAUGAGAGCAUCAAAGAUAAGCUCAUCAAUGAGAUCAAGAAUGUCAUGGACGCCUUCUAUCCCGCAAAGAACCCGCCCCAGCUCGAGACAGAUGGCUACUCUGCCCUCAUUCACGAAAGACACUUUGAACGCAUCAAGGGAAUGAUCAACGACACCAAAGGCCGCAUCGUGCUGGGUGGUCGCACGAAUGAGAAGAACCGCAAGAUCGAGACCACCGUCGUCACCGACCUCAAGAGCGACGAUGUCUUGAUGCAGUCGGAGAUCUUUGGUCCCAUUCUGCCCAUCUUGACCUUUAAUCACCGCGAUCAAGUCGUUCAAAAAGUCAAUGAAGGAGAUUACCCGCUUGCGAUGUACGUAUUCACCAACAGCGCAGCCAACCGCGACUACAUUUUUGAGCGCACUCGAUCUGGUCAAUUCGUGCACAAUGACACGCUCAUUCAAUUCAUUGUGCCCGGUCUUCCCUUUGGCGGCACUGGCGCGAGCGGCACGGGCAAUUAUCACGGCAAGGCCUCCUUUGACUGCUUCACACACGAGCGAGCCUAUGCCUCUGUGCCUGGUUGGUUCGAAGCGCUCAUUGCUGCACGCUAUCCGCCAUACACGUCGUCCAAUCUCGGCAUGCUGCGCACUUUCACCGCAAAGUCACUCACUUAUGAACGUCCUCGCCCAAUCGGCACGAACGGCGCCGGGCCUGCCUACGUUGCGCCCACUUUCUUGUCGAAGCUGGUGCGCACCAUCAGAGGCAGCGGACUCAUCAAGCUGCUACUGCUCCUUAUUGGCACUUAUUCGGCUCUCAACGUGCGCUCAAAGCUAUGA